AUGGUUGAGGCUGUUGACGUGGAGGAGACGGCCUCCGAGAGGGAGCUCUGUCAGUGCCGCCCGUCUGACGGGAACUGCUCCUGCUGCAAAGACUGCAUGCUCUGCCUGGGGAACCUCUGGGAGGAGUGCUGCGACUGCGUGGGGAUGUGCAACCCCAAGAACUACAGCGACUCCCCGGCCACCUCCAAGAGCACGGUGGAGGAGCUGCACCGGCCCAUCCCCUCGCUGUUCCGCGCCCUCACCGAGGGCGACGUGCCCAGCAACAUGAUGGUGGUCUCCUUCCCCGUCGCCGAGGAGCUGUCGCAUCACGAGAACCUGGUCUCCUUCCUGGAGUCGCUGGACAGCCAGCAGCAGAACGUCUCCGUGCCUGGAAACAGCAUCCACGCCAGCUACGACAGUCAAGAAAACAUGUGCACAGUGGUCUACUUUGACGACUGCGUCUCCAUCCGUCAGUGUAAACACAUCUGCGAGUCCAUGGGCGGAUCAAAGUACCGCUGGUUCCACAACGCCUGCUGCCAGUGCAUCGGGCCCGAGUGCCUGGACUACGGCAGCAAGGCCGUGAAGUGCCUAAACUGUCUGUUCUAA